AAAUAUCUGAAAAUAUAAAUUCGAAAAGGACGGUACCGGCCACCGACAGAUCACUCAAGAGUGGGGAGCGUUAAGAGUGUCGAACGUAACUCCAAUAUCAUAUCAUAAUUCAUAAUUUCAUACAUUAAAUGGGAGGUGCUCACGGCCGUUGCUCUGGCACUCAUCGGAAGCAUCCCACCCCCGCCUACACCACUUUUCCGGACACAACAGCCCCUGCCUCAGCCUUUGGUCGUGAUCCAUCAAACACAGUCCGCACCAACAUGUCUUGUCUGCCUUACGCUCAUGUUGAUUCCAACUUAAGAGCUCUGGCUGGGCAGGCCGAGGGUUUCGGCCGUCUUGCCAUUGGUGGUCUUCACGGACCUCUUUAUCAUGUCACCACUCUAGCAGAUGAUGGGCCAGGAUCACUUCGUGAUGGAUGUCGUAAGAAAGAACCACUUUGGAUUGUCUUUGAAGUUUCAGGCAUCAUUCAUCUCUCAUCUUACCUGAAUGUAUCAUCUUAUAAAACUAUUGAUGGGCGGGGCCAGAGGAUAAAACUCACAGGAAAGGGUUUAAGGCUGAAGGAAUGUGAGCAUGUAAUUAUAUGCAAUCUAGAGUUUGAAGGUGGUAGAGGACCUGAUGUUGAUGGCAUUCAAAUAAAACCUAAUUCAAAGCACAUAUGGAUUGAUCGUUGCAGCCUCCGUGAUUUUGAUGAUGGACUGAUUGAUAUCACUCGUGCAAGCACGGAUAUUACCAUUUCCAGAUGUCACUUCUCACAGCAUGACAAGACGAUGCUCAUUGGAGCAGACCCAUCUCACACUGGUGAUAGAUGUAUUCGGGUGACCAUUCAUCAUUGCUUUUUCGAUGGCACUCGACAGCGGCACCCUCGUGUUAGAUAUGGGAAAGUACAUCUAUAUAAUAAUUACACCAGAAACUGGGGCAUUUAUGCUGUUUGUGCCAGUGUAGAAUCACAGAUAUACUCCCAAUGCAAUAUAUACGAAGCAGGACAUAAGAAGGUGGCAUUUAAAUAUCUUACAGAGAAGGCAGCUGACAAAGAAGAGGAAAGAACUGGCUGUCUAAGGUCAGAAGGGGACUUGUUCAUAAACGGAACUCAAGCAGGCUUAAUGACUGUGGCCAGUGAAAUGUUUCACCCUCGGGAAUUCUAUCCCACAUGGACAGUUGAGGCUCCUUCUGAUGCUCUUAAGCAGGUUCUCCAUCAUUGUACAGGAUGGCAGUGUGUUCCCCGGCCAGCAGAUGAAGCAGCAAUUGCUUAGUAGCUUCAACUUUCAUCCAUAGUAUAUAAUAAAUCUGUUUUGCAUCACUCUGAGGUUGCACACAUCUCCUUUUCCUUUUUUUACCCGGUUGCCAUAAUAUAAGAAUAAAAUGUGGUAAUUCUGAUUAUAUUGUGUCA